CUUCAAACAACAAACUUGAGGGGGAAGUGGCUAGCAUCAGCAGGUUCAGAUCUUAGCAUGGCAUGGACAUUUGAAAGGAGCCUGGGCUGGUUGGAUAGCAGCCCCAGAGAAAACCUCAGAGUCUGGGAAAGACAAAAGGGGAUUGGGAAACUGCUCUCGUCUAGAAAUUGUACAGCACAUAAUCGGUUGAUGCCUGGUAAUAAUAAGUUAGCCCUAAAAUUCCUAGGUCGCAAUAUUUUAAACACCUUCAUGAAAUGAACCCAUAGUGUUCCC